AUGCACUGCGCCAUUCUUCGUAUCGUCUUAUUUGUUCUCCUCGUCGCGUCAGGUCUCCCAGUUGGUGGCUGUUGGGGGUCGAUGAGUCUAAUAAAUCGAUGCUUCAUGCCCAUCGACUCGGGAAAGUGUCGUGGGUACUUCAUUCGAUAUGGAUAUGAUUCUGAAACCGACGAUUGCUAUCCAUUUAUCUACGGAGGUUGUCGAGGUAACAGGAACAAUUUCUUCACCUAUGAGGAAUGCAUGCAAAGAUGCUAUUUGAAAUUCAAAUAA